UGUUUGACGCUGGUCCCCUCUGUCCUGCUAUCCUCCGUCUCCUCCAGCAGCAGCAGCAGCAGCAGCAGCAUCCGUGGCUGUCGGACAGCGGGUGUUUGUAGGACACAGGGCCGCGGAGGGAGGGGUCCUGGCCUGGGCACGGAUCCCGAAAAGGCCCCGGGGCCGCCGCUGGAUGGAGUCGGGCUGUAUUCAGACAGCAAUGGCUAUGGGUCUGACAUCGAAAAAGGCUUCUGCUAGGAGCGUCGGCGUGGAGCGAAAAAACCUCAUCACGGUUUGCAGAUUCUCUGUAAAGACUCUCCUCGAAAAGUACACAACAGAGCCCAUAGAUGACUCAUCAGAGGAGUUCAUUAACUUUGCUGCCAUUUUAGAGCACAUACUAAGCCACCGCUUCAAAGGUUCGGGGAGCUGGUUUAGCUCAGACGGACAGCGCAGCUUCUGGGAAUAUAUCCGGCUGGCAUGCAGCAAGGUGCAGAACAACUGCAUUGCAAGCAUCGAAAACAUAGAGAACAUCAGCACAUCAGGAGCCAAGGGGCGUGCUUGGAUUCGAGUAGCGCUGAUGGAGAAACGUUUGUCUGAAUAUGUAUCCACUGCUCUGAGGGACACAAGAACAACCAGGAGGUUCUACGAUGAUGGAGCCAUCAUGCUGAGAGAGGAGGCCACUGUGCUGACUGGUAUGCUGAUUGGCCUGAGUGCCAUCGACUUCAGUUUUUGCUUGAAGGGAGAGACUCUGGAUGGGAAAUCCCCGGCUGUUAUUGACUAUACCUACCUGAAGUUUACUCAGAGCUACGACUACCUGAGCGAUGAGGACGACCGCCGCAGUGUGGACAGCAGUAACAGUGAGGAGAGUGUCCCAGAGCAUCCCUACAUCCCCCUGGUGACCGACGAGGAGAGCUGGAGCAACAAGUGUCGCAAGAUGGAGCAAAGGUUUAAGAUCGUCUACGCCCAGAAGGGUUACCUGGAGGAGCUGGUCCGCCUGCGAGAGUCACAGCUGAAGAACGUAGAGACAGAGAACAAGUGUCUGAGAGCUAAGGUGGAGGAGCUGAGCGUCCAAAGUCAACAGGAGAAGAAGGAGCUGGAAGCCAUUGUGCUGGAGCUGCAGGCACAACUCUCUGCCCUCAUGCCCUGUGAUUCCUCCCACCUGGCUAAAGAUUUUUCUAUCCCGCUGGUCAACCAGUGGUCUACCAUCCCAAACAACCAGGGUGAUGUCAAGCUUUUCCGCAGGAGGAGUUUUCACAGUUUGGAACAGCUCACCAAUGAAGUCGGUCUGAACUCCGACUGCCAGAAAAUAGAUGGGAGACAGAAUGGAGAUGCUGCCUGGAGUGCAGCAGGAAAAGAAGACACUCCUUCCAUGCUCGGUCUGUGCGGCUCCCUGGCUUCUCUACCGAGCUCCAAGUCCCUGGCCAGCCUCAAGUCCAGCGAGUGUUUGGUCAGCAUCAGCACCGAACCCAGCCCUGCGCUUUCUCCCAGCUAGGAGCUCAAGCCCCACAACAGCAAGAGAGAUUUAACCCCCCAGCCUGUCUGCCUGGUGAUGCUGCGUUGACCAUGACCGACCAUAACCCUAUUCCCACAAUACCACACAUCUCCACGACAACACAACGGGAGGACACCAUUUCUGGAUUUUUGUUUAGUACACAUUAGAGGGAAGUCACCAUGAAGCAGAAAAGAUCCAUCUCUUGGUUCUUUCCUUUCUCCUUGCCUUAUCCGCUCAAACUCUCCCACAAUCGCUUUUUGUACUAUCCGUGAAUCACUCCGUCCAAGAUCAUGCAGUUCCUACCUUUUCCAACGCAUCAUUUAUUUAUUUUUUCUUCCUGAUCUCGCUCCCGUUUUGAAUAUCAGUAUUCUUCCCAUGAAAAACAUGCAUUUAAGGGGCCUGUUCCAUUUCAUGUUUUUAUCAUGUAACCAGAAAAUCUCUCGUUGGAUGCAGAGACGUGAUGACCUAUUUAAGAGAAACAGAUAAUCCAUGUGAGGUAGAGAGGACUGUGUCACUUAAAAGAGGUUUUAAUGAGUGUAACAAAGUGGUAGCUGGGGACUGCAAACCUUGAAAAUGCACAUCAUUCCUGCUGUAGUAAUCAAACACAGUUUCAGUAUGUUUAAAUCUGCGCAGCUAUUGAUUGAUUCUAUCAAGUCUUAAGCUAUCACAUAUGUUUAUUUUAUCUAAUUUCAUCCAAUACCGCAGUAUGUUGUCUUUAAAAGCUUGGUUAUAUUUGUUUGUGUUGCAAUAAACUGCCUUUUUCCAUGA